UUUUAGACAAUUAGCAAAUUGUCAAAAGCAUCCUUGUUUGAACUACUACUUAAAAGUGAUUCUAGGUGCCAUUACCAGCUUAGUAAAGGGUAAUUCUUAGACAUAACUCGUCAAGUUCAAGUAAUAAAUAAAUAGAAAUUCUUACUUUGAAAGCAAAAUGAUAUAUAAUGCAUAUACAAUAAUAAAGAAAGGAGAUUAAGCAAGCAAUUUCAAUGUAACUGUUAGCCUCUUUUGUCAUUCUUGUGAGGAAGUAAAGCUGAGGUUUAGAGUAAUGCCACGAGAAGACGAUGAGUUAGAGAUCACCCUUUUGAGAAGGCAACUUGAAGAUUCUUUGGUGAGCAAUGGUUCAUUGGCAAAAGAAAAUGAUGAGCUCAGACAAGAAGUGACUCGUCUCAAAGCUCAAAUAAGCUCUCUUAGAGCGCACAAUCAUGAGAGAAAGUCUAUGCUUUGGAAGAAGCUGCAUAAUUCUAUGGAUGGCAACAACAAUAUUGAUGUGUCCCAACAGAAACCAUCGUUUUUGGUCAGCUUAUCAGGGCAACAGAGUCCAGCAAUGGAGAAAAGACAUCAAAAGCAAGAUUUCCCAGAAUCAGAAUUCACUAAGGGAAAACCUGCCAAGGUUCCUAAUCCACAACCAAGCCCGGUUUCCUUAACUUCUCCACCUCUAUUCAAGGAAGUAGUCAAGGACAACAAAGUGUCAUCAGCCACAAUAGGAGGGCCCCCACCUCCACCACCACCUUUGCCUUCGAAAUCACUAGUUGGAUCCAAGGCAGUGCGGCGUGUUCCAGAAGUUAUGGAGCUCUACCGUUCACUGACGAGAAGAGAUGCUAACAUUGAGAACAAAAGUAGUGCUGCAAAAGUUCCAGCCUUUGCACUUACUCGUAACAUGAUUGGAGAGAUCGAAAACCGAUCAACUUACAUCUCAGCCGUGAAAUCAGAGGUGGAAAAGCAAGCAGAGUUCAUCAACUUGCUGAUAAGAGAAGUGGAAUCUGCAGCCCACAAGAGGAUUUCUGAUGUGGAAGCCUUUGUAACUUGGCUUGAUGAGCAACUAUCUUCCUUGGUGGAUGAAAGGGCUGUCCUCAAGCAUUUCCCACAGUGGCCCGAACGAAAAGCAGAUACCAUGCGUGAGGCUGCUUGCAACUACAGAGAUCUAAGGAACCUGAAAAUCGAAGUUCAGUCGUUCGAAGACAACCCGAAAGAGCCACUGAGCCAGGCCUUGAGGAAGAUGCAAGAAUUGCAAGACAGGUUGGAGAGGAGUAUCAACAAUGUAGAGAGGACAAGAGAAAGUACUAGCAAGAGGUAUAAGGAUCUCAAGAUCCCUUGGGAUUGGAUGCUUGACACAGGACUCAUUGGCGAGAUGAAACUAAGCUCACUAAGACUGGCCAAAGAGUACAUGAAGAGAAUAACCAAAGAAUUGCAAUGUAAUGAAUGCACAAGAGAAGAAAAUCUUCUUCUUCAAGGAGUUAGAUUCGCUUAUCGCAUCCACCAGUUUGCAGGUGGAUUCGAUGGAGAGACCAUUUAUGCGUUUCAAGAACUAAAGAGAGUAGGACUAGUAUGAUCUUGGUAAAUCCAUUGACACACAACACAAGCUAUUGAAAUCAAAGAGCAAAUACAGUGUGUAUUGAGGGAAGGGAUUGCUUUCUUCUCUUUUUUCUUUUUUUUUCGGUUUUUGAAACACAUUAUCUUGCACCCUUUCAAAAAAAAAAAAAAAGAAACACAUUAUCUUGCCAACAUUGUAGAUCGCAUUUGAUCAAAUAAUAGAACUAUAUGAGCUUUAAAAUGACCUCCACACAACCUAUUUUCUUAGUGAAUACACGUAAUGUGCAAAAUGGGAUAAAAAUAACACGUAACUUUGACGCUGAUAGUCAUUUGGCAAGAUCAUCCAUCGACCUUGUUUUGUCAAUAAUUUCUCGGAAAGUAAAAUUUCUAAGAAAGCUUAAAAUAAAGAUAUUUGUCUUUCACAAAACAAAAAUUCAGGAAACUUGACAAAACCCAACCUCUAAAUUUAGUAAAAUUGGUGAACUUUGCAGAACUAACAAUAUGAAAUAUUAAAAUUUGUAAAACAACCUCACUUAACCAUAAGUGUCGAAAAAUAUAAAUCUAUGCUAGUACUGUGUAAUUUUGUUAAGUAACAUAUUUACUAACAGAAGUUUUCGUUUAAGGUUGUUUUGACAAAGGACUCGUCUCCAUAAGAAGAACGUGAUAUUUUCACAUACCAUAUCUCACUACCAUGUAUAAAUCACGCUAAAAACUGAUAACAUCCACCAAAAAAUAUCUAAAGGGUAAUAAUGCUUCUAUGCAUUACGCUUAAAAUAAAGAACACCCAACUAAUACCAACACAGUAAAGUUUUGUCACUCUUGCUCAAAUGAGAAUUAAGAGAAGUUUCACAAAAUCCAACUUUAUACGUAAGAAUGAUAUUUCCAAUAUCAUAUCACCAUCAUUUAUAGUCACACCGAAAAAUUUUACAAUCCAAGUGCCAUAAUCCAUAAACAAAAAUACCAUUUUGAGAUUUGUGUGAAAAUUUAUGCAAAAUCACACAUUCUGCAUGCCCUAACAUGAUGUAUUUAAUUAUUAAAAAAAAGAGUGGAAAUCGUAAUACUGAGUAAAAAAUUGCAAAAAAAAAAUGAACAAAGCAAAAAUCUAAUAAUAGAUUCAUAAGAAAUUUGAGUUUAAACAAAAUAAAAUUCGACUAGCAAAUGUAGCAAAAAUCUGGCUAUUAACAUAACCAAAAAGCUUCAAAAUUACUCCUAACACAGACUGAAAUAAAAUAAAUAGAAAAAACGACAAUCAAAACCGAUGAGACCGACACGCCAACGGCAGUGAGUUCAGGCGAAGGAAACGAAGUCGCCGCCGCCACGAAUGCUGCUGGUGCUGCUAUCACUUAGAUCGCUGUCUCAUCUUUCGGCGCUUCCUCUUCAAUCUCCUCAUACGCUUCUUCUUCCACU